CAGCAGAGAGCACGCUGGUGGGCAGGACAGCCGCAGGCGAGGCAAGGGCAGCGGUGGGCCGAUAGCUGCCCCAAGGUACCGGCUAUACGCCAUCUUGUGCCGAGAGCUGCCCCAGGUACCGGCAUCUACUGUGAGUGAGCCUAGACGCCAUCGACGCGUCACAACGCAGCCAUAUGCCGCCCAAGCGCGAACGGGUACGAGGCGAGACGCUGGGCUCCCUCUACCGGGUCCUCUGCUCCGAGGCCGACGGGAGACGGAAGGAUGUCAGGAGGGAGCGGUUGUUGAUCAUGGAGCAGCUCGGGUACUUGAAGCGGAAGAACCGGGCCGAGCCCGCCUCGACCUUACACUUGGGCAAGUUCGCGCGCGGGCGUCCCAAGGCGCUCCCGAAGCCGCCGGCCGACGGCGCGAAGGAAGCUCGCGAGCGCGCCGAGAACCGCCGCAAGCUGCUGUACGCCGAGGGCGUGUCCUCCGCACUAAAAAAGAUCCAACAGUUACAAAUACGGGAGAAGCCCGUGCCCCAGAAGCUCUGGAAGGAGCUCCAGCAGGCCCAAAGCAACAAGUUUUUAUUGCCUAUCCUGCCGGACCCGGGCCCCGGCCAAUAUAAAUUGGACAAGGAUCGUCACAAAGCUCUGAAAGGCACGAUGGGCUCGCCGCCCAAAAAGCUGUCUUCGUUGAUCUCGCCGCCGCGCGCGCCGCCGCACUCCUAUUUAAGUAUUGAAACGAAAAGGGCCUAUGGCGGCUUCUCGCUCGUCGGCAAAGAUAAAAAAGUCGGAGAACGGAACAAGAAGCCGAAGCCCAAGAAGGUAUCUUACAUCCGACAGGUCAACGCGGGCCUGGAUGGUUUUGUGGAACCAGAUGAAGACCCGGAUGCGUGGAAGAAGCUCGAGUACUGGUUCCCGCCCAAGAAGGACCCGGAUCAAUUCAAGGAUAGGCAGCUGAUCCACCCGGCCGACGCCCCGACUCCUAGGAAUGAUUUACCUAGGAAGUACGCGGCCACGGUGGUAAAUGACCGGGGCGACGGCACGUACGACGUGCACUACGAGGGCGAGGACGAUAAUGUCAUGGAUGAGACCUACACGGGCGAGCCGUCAACCGUGCGAGUGUCGGGCAAAACUUUAGGUGUCUCCCUAUCAAAAUACGAGGACAACGACGACAGUACGUACAACACGGAAGUCGCGGAGAGGAUUGAAAGAGGCGAUCUGCGAGAGGGCGAUGUUGUGGACGCGACGGAGCCGCCGUACGCGAACCGCAUCCGCUUCCUGACCAAGACCUCGCAGCCGAUCCCGACGCCCUGGGACGAGGAUGCGGAGUCCCUGCCGGACUCGCAGGCGUCCUCUCCUCAUGAAGUCGAGGUUCCUCCCGAAAGACGGUCGCGGCAGUCGUCGCUGGACGGCGACCUGCCGAGCCCGCCCUCUUCAAGACCUUCGAGCCGCAUCUCGAGCCGGACCGUGUCGCGGCCGACGUCGCGCGGGUCGCAGUCGUCGCGCGGGUCGGAGCGCGCGCGCAAGGCGAGGCUGGCGAAGACGCCGGCGUCCGUGCCGACGGCCUUCCGGCCCUUCCGCCGCAAGCCCAAGGACCGGAAGAAGGUGGACGUGGACCUGAUCCGGAGCUUUCUCUAGUAACUUUGUUGUGUG